UGGUUCUCAUCAAGCCUCAAGGCUUUAGCUUCGUCACAUUCUUCCUUGCUUCCUUAUAUUCUCAUCAGAUAUGGCAACUAUGAGCCCCACUGACGUUAACAACCUUCAAACCACCGCCAACGGCCUCGUCCACCACCACGAACCCAAACCCAAGUCCCUCAAAGCUCGUCUUCAGAAAGGUGAAUGCUUGUAUGGCAUUUCCUUGCAGAGUUUCUCCUCAACAAUGGCGGAAAUAGCCGGUUGGACCGGCUACGACUUCAUCAUCAUUGACUUAGAGCACGGCUUCGGCGGCGUUUCUGAGGCCCUCCACUGCAUCCAAGCCUUGACUUCCACCAACACUCAGGUCAUCGUUCGCGUGCCUGAGGUUAACCACGUGUGGGUUAAGAAGGUUCUCGACCUCGGCCCUCACGGCCUCAUCUUCCCCUUGGUCGACGGCCCGGAGACUGCCAAGAAAGCCGUGUCCUACUGCCGCUUCCCGCCGUAUGGAGUUCGGGGUGUUGCCACGUCUAUCGUGAGGGCGUCGAGGUUCGGCAUGGACCCGGAGUACGCGAGGGAGUACUGGAAGGACUUGCUGAUACUGUGCCAGGUGGAGACGGAGGAGGCGGUGAACAAGGUGGCCGAGAUCGCGGCGGUGGAAGGAGUGGACGGCAUAAUGGUGGGGCCGUCGGACCUGUGUGCAAGCGUUGGGUGCAUGAGGGAGCCAAAAAACGAGAAGGUGAGAGAGAUGAUGAGGAAGAUAGAGACGACGGUGCUGGCGGCGGAGAAGAAGGAGGGUGGCGGGCCUUUCUUGGCGGCAAUGGCCAUGCCUUUUGAAGGUGCCACCGUUGACGAGUUCAGCAAGCGAGGCUAUCAACUGAUUCGUGGGGCCACUGAUGUUGGAUUGUUCAAGAACGUGUGUGUUGAGGAUGUGAAGAAGUUCAACCUCAAGAAGGCCAUUCAGGCCCAAAACGUUGCUCAUGCUGAUGCAAGUAUUGCUAGACAGUGAAUCGUAAUCUCAUCGUAUUAAUAUUUGCAUUUUAUAUAUAUCUUUAUUAUGUCAUAAUCAGCCGAGAUUCGGAAGCUAUAUAGUCGGCUGCAUUCUAAGAUAUAUUGUAAGAUGAGAAGCCAAAAGCCGCGAAGACGACGAGUAUUAGUAUUGGUAUUUUAGUAUUUAUGUUAAUAAAGCGUGUGGUUAAUUUCUCAGUUCGCACUAUUUUCCAGUGUCUUGGGUGGAUAGCUGUACGGACUGUGGCGACACUAAAAAUGUGUUUUAAAUUCAAAGCUAUGUACGCUUUGCUUGUAAUGACAAGAUCUGUCCACUUCUGUUUAUUAUAUUUCCUUCACCA